CGCAAGUUUUUUUUUCGACAAACGAGCUGGGAAUAGCCAUCAUGUCGGAUGUCGAAAAGCGAAAAUUGUCUCAGGCGCGAGUGGCCGACUUGCGUGCCGAGUUGGAAAAACGUGGCCUCGAUAAGAGCGGAGUCAAGGCUGUGCUUGUUGAACGCCUGGUCGCUUCUCUAGCGUCAGAUGGUUUGAGCAGCUCUGAAAUUGACGAGUACGUUGUCGAAUCUGCACACGACGGCAGCUUUAAGAGGCAAACCAAACGGAGCAGUGUGACACCGUCUAAAUCGAAAGAUGAAGACGAAAUAAUGAACGAGUUGGACGAUCGUCCUGAGGUUCUUGAUUAUGGAGAGAAUGAAGAUUUGGACAACAGCAAUGCCAAAGAUGAUUCUGACGAGCAGGGAAAAGCAUCUGAGAAGUAUACUCCGUAUUCUGCAAAAAGCGCUGAAGCUGACGAUUUCAAAGUUUUGGACGAAGAAGCUUUUGAUGAUGAUGAUGCUGAUGCUGAUAAAGAAGAGCAACAGGAGAAUUGCGUGGAGCAUGACGAUUCCAUUGACCUUGGACUUAAUGAAGACAUGCUGAUAGAAGAGGAAGUAAACAGUUUCGGCGCAGAGUCAGAUGUACCAGCCAGCAAUCAAAACAGGAAGAGACAUCAGCAGGAGAAAGGAAGAAAAAGUCAGUCUUCGUCGGAGGCCAAAGAAGAGGCUCCUCAAAAACCUGAGAGACACCAGGACUCGCACACUGGAGCUGGAGGCAGUAGCAACAGCAGCGGCGGUGGAGGUGACGCCAGUUCCAAGACAAGCGAGAAGAAAACAAGCAGUCCAAAGCAAGAUGGCUCAAACGAGAGGAGCAGCAAAACUCUCGAUGAAAAAUCUUCGUCUGAUUCAAACCAGCCACAGCAAUCUGAGAAAGAAGCAGUAAAUGGAGACAAAUCCCGGAGCUCCGGUUCUCCUAAAGAUAAAUCCAAGAGUACCAGUGACGACAAGCGUGACUCUUCACCAUCUGCUUCCAACAGUAGUGGCCGUAACUUGUGGGUGAGCGGCCUCUCUUCCUCCACUAGAGCUACUGAUCUAAAACAAACUUUUUCUAAAUAUGGAAAAGUUUUGGGUGCCAAAGUUGUCACAAAUGCCAAAACUCCUGGAGCUCGGUGCUACGGAUUUGUCACUAUGGCUAAAAAGGAGGAUGCCCAGCGUUGCAUCCAGCAUCUGGAUAGGACCGAGUUGCAUGGUCGCAUGAUUUCUGUUGAGAGGGCUCGGGGAGAAGCGACUGGUCCAGGACGAGUGAAAACCCCUUCGCCUUCCAAGAAGGAAGGAAAGUUUGACGAUAAGGACAGUGAGAAGAAGGAAUCUUCUUCAAAGUCAAACAGUGAGUCAAGCAAAGAUCAGAGGCGCGAUAGCCGAGAUAGUAAGGGCAAUAAGCCUGUUCGUCAACGUAUCACAGCACCCAGUCCUGGACCAUCCACUGAGAGAUCUGUGUCAAGAAGCGACAGCCGCUCUGAUCAAGGCAAGAAGCGGCCAAGGAGCAUCCCAAGGAGCAUCUCACCUAAGCGACCUGCACCUCCAAGAAGAGUGAACCACUCGCCAGGCGGAGGACUGCACACCAGACGCAGCACCACUGCCGUGCUCACCUUUGCCAGCAUUAAGCAAGCCCGUGAGAGGCAGCGAAUUCGAGAUAGAGAACGCGAAGAUAGGGAGCAUGCCAGACGUCGAGAAGAGGAAGUGCGCAGAUUGGAGAGGAGGCAGCGGGAGGAGCAGCAGAAACUCGAAAGAGAGAAGGAGGAGUUGCGACUUGAAAGAGAGAGAAUAGAAAAGGCUCGUAAGGAUAUAUUACGGCUGGAGAGGGAAAAAGCCAAGCUCGAACGGGAAAGGUUGGAAUGGGAACGAGAAGAGCUCAAGAGGCAACAGCAAAAGCUGCGUGAGCUUGCAGAGCGUCCUCCUCUCUUAACCUCUUCGCACACCCCUUCCGUGUCAGCUUCUAGGCCCUGGAGUUCUUACUCUUCCGUUGGCCAGUCUGAUCAGAGAUUUGAUGACGUUCGUCGUAGUUCCAGUAACGUGACUGGGACCAAAAGGCAGGGCAGCCACCACAGUGCUGACUACUACGAGGAAAGGGCUGCCAAAAGACCUGUGCCCUCUAGCUCGGAUGAACGUCGGGUGAACUAUGACAGUGCCCAAGCGGUGCCUCCACCACCAAGAUUCAGCUCCAUACCAACGUCUUCAUCAUCAAUGAAGAGACCUGCUGACAGCCGCAGAGAUCACAAUUUUGCUAAUCGCAAUAGCAGCAGUGCUUUCGAGAGAACUUCAACCAGUGUCACUAGUGGCUCUGUUGGUUAUGACCGCACAACAACUUCUUCGGGACGAAGGGAAGGCUUCUUUCCUAGCUCUUCGAGCAGCAGUGCUGGCAGGGUUGUUGAACCUUCCAGGCGCGAAGUAGAACCGACGGCUAGAGGAAAAGAUGAAAGAUAUAGAGACACAAGUAGGCCAACGGUCCGCAACAAUGAUCGCCAGCUUAGUGGAAGGGAACCUGGUAAUAUGUACAUGAGGGGUCCACCACCUAGCGCCAGCAUCUCUUCAUCUUCCUCUCGUCCUAGGGAGCGCUAUGGUGAAGGAGUGGGACGUGGUACGAGCCGCAUAGCUGGCUCUAGUGCUGCAAGAGAGCCCUGGCUCGACAGAAAAAGUGACAAUAGCACCAGUGAUUGGCCAAGGAGCACUGAUACAUCCUCUGCAGACAGGUGGUCUAGCAACAAUGUCGGCAGUCGUGGUGGUGGAAAUAUUUACAACCCUGCAGUGUCCAACCUCGGAAUAGGUUUGGGAGCUAUGGGAGGAGCCCCUCAAACUACCACCUUGUAUGGGUCUAGCGAAAGAUUUGAUGCAUACAAGCAGCCCAUGGGUGGUUCUCUAAGGAAAUACUAAUCGACGCAGAAAAAAAUGUAACUUUCAUUAUGCCAAUCAUUUUUUUAAUUUUGUUUUUACACAGCCUGGGAAAACUGGUUUUAUUUUAAGCGUAGUGACUAAGUUUAUGUUUGAACUAAGAACUGUUUGUGAAAAGUUCGUCCCAGGAUGUGUCGAGUGCAUUCUACGUAAAACCCAAUACGUAAAUUUACCACACAUAACCUAUUCAAAUGUACAUUUUGCAUGGUAUUGGGAGUUAAAAUAAUAUCAUAAUUAUACUGAGUUAGAGAUCACUUUACAAUGUACUAUGUUUGAGAAAUAAUAAACGAUGUCAUUGGAAUUUGACAGGAUGAGAAUCAAUUGUUGCGCAGAAUAUUUGACUAAGCACAAUGUACAUCAAUUGUUGAGUGCGACAAACUGUAUCUAACCAUGAUAAAGAAAUUAUGGAAAUUAUUUCCAAAAUUACA